UUCAGUCACGCUAGGCAGCGGAAUUACUGCAAUUCGGAUUUAUUUCCUUGCUGCAGCUUCUUCCUCCUCCCAGCAGCCUGGUCAGCUUGGUCCUUGAUCACUUCCCGAUUAUCUCCAGCGCAUCUCAGCUUCCCAGAAUGGAGGCUGCUACCAUGUCCAGCGCCAGACUUCUAAACGUGGCCGCAUCUGGCGUCUCCACGCUUUCCAAGCGUGCGACGGUCUCGGCGUCGUCAGCGCCGUCGUGCGCCCCGCGCGACCCCUUCACCGCCUCCGCGCCCAUCGCCAGCCGCGCCUCCUCGCUCGCCGGCACCUCACUCCGCCACGCCGCUGCGCACGCCCUCUCCGCUCCCGCCAAGGCCGCCGGCGCAAAGCCCCGCGGGGGCGCGCUGGGCGCCACGUGUCAAGAGAAGAUCCUGGUAGCGAAUCGCGGCGAGAUCGCGGUGCGCGUGAUCCGGUCGGCGCACGAGCUGGGCAUCCCGUGCGUGGCGGUGUACUCCACAAUCGACCGCAACUCGCUGCACGUCGAACUCGCCGACGAGGCCGUCUGCAUCGGCGAGGCGCCCUCCGCGCAGUCGUACCUGAACAUCCCGAACCUGGUGGCGGCGGCGGUGAGCACGGGGUGCACGAUGGUGCACCCGGGCUACGGCUUCCUGGCGGAGAACGCCACGUUCGUGGAGAUCUGCACCGACCACGGACUCAACUUCAUCGGCCCCAAGCCCAACAGCAUCCGCCUCAUGGGCGACAAGGCGACGGCGCGCGAAACCAUGCGACGAGCCAACGUGCCUACCGUGCCCGGCAGCGAUGGGCUGAUCGACACGGUGGAGGAGGCGCAGUCGAUCGCGGACGGCAUGGGGUACCCGGUGAUGAUCAAGGCCACGGCGGGCGGCGGAGGCAGGGGCAUGCGCCUCGUGCUCGACAGGGCCGACUUCGUCAAGCUCUACCAGCAAGCGCGGUCGGAGGCGGGCGCGGCGUUCGGCAACGACGGCGUGUACCUGGAGAAGGCCAUCAUCCGCCCGCGCCACGUGGAGUUCCAGGUGCUGGCGGACAAGUACGGCAACGCCAUCCACCUCUUCGAGCGCGACUGCUCCAUCCAGCGGCGCAACCAGAAGCUGGUAGAGGAGGGCCCGUCGCCCGCACUGACCCCUGCCAUCCGCAAGGCGAUGGGCGACGCGGCGGUGGCGGCGGCGAAGAGCAUCGGGUAUGUGGGCGUGGGCACCGUGGAGUUCCUGCUGGCCGAGACGGGCGAGUUCUACUUCAUGGAGAUGAACACCCGCAUCCAGGUGGAGCACCCGGUGACGGAGAUGAUCACGUCCGUCGAUCUGAUAGAGGAGCAGAUCCGCGUGGCGAUGGGCGAGAAGCUGCGGUACAAGCAGGAGGACAUCACGGUGCGCGGGCACGCCAUCGAGUGCCGCAUCAACGCCGAGGACCCCUUCCAGAACUUCCGCCCCGGCCCCGGCCGCAUCACCGCCUACCUGCCACCUGGCGGGCCCUUUGUGCGCAUGGACUCGCACAUCUACAACGACUACCUCGUGCCGCCCUCCUAUGACUCGCUGCUCGGCAAGCUGAUUGUGUGGGCGCCCACGCGCGAGCGGGCCAUUGAGAGGAUGAAGAGAGCGCUGCACGACACCAUCAUCACAGGCGUGCCGACGACCAUUGACUUCCACAAGCUGAUUCUGGAGGUGCCGGAGUUUAAGGCGGGCAAGGUGGACACCAGCUUCAUCGCCAAACACGAGGACGAGCUCGCCGUGCCGCCCACUGGGAAGAAGGUGCAGCUCAACUCCAAGAGCAAGGGCAAGGCCCUCGCCUAGGCGCCCCCUGUUGUUGGCAUGCCAGGCCUCCCGCCGCCCAAGGUCCAACCACGCACUUGCUGCUCGCUGCACAGGAGGCCCGAGGGCGCACUGCUUGCUCUGGUGCUCUCCUUGUUUGUGCCAGUUGCUAACUCCGAUCUUGAUUUUCUCUAGGCAGGAAAAUUGCCCUGCGUAGUAUUCACAAGUGAAUAAGGACGAGGCUGUAGUGAAGACAUAGGCUUGAUGUCCUUUGAGGAAUACAGCAGCAUACCACAUGCUCAAUUGACAGUGGAUGAGGAGACCGUAAUAUGCUAACGGGUUUGAACUUUCACAGAAAUCUCAGUCAGGU